AUGAAUUAUAAACCAAUAUAAAAUGAUUAGCAUUCAUUAGAUAUAGGAGAGGAUGAUGGAGAAUUGGAUAUUGUAGUAAAAAGGAAAGAAAAACCUAAGCCUAAUUAAAAAUCGUUUUUAAUAUGGAUUAUGAUUGUAACAUUUCUUGGUGCUAUUCUCAUAUAUAUUAGUUAAAGUAAUAUGACAACCACUGAUAAAAAUAAAACAGGUAAAAAUUAAAAUUUUAAUUUCACAAAAGUGAAUAAAACAAGUAAUACGUGUUUUAAUUUAAAGCUAUUCCUGAUAAUAAUGAAAAAUAAAUAGAUUCUAUUGAAGAAAAUAUAAAGGAUGUUGAUUUAAGGAAUGAUUCAUAAGCAAAUUAAGACAAAUUUAAUAAAACAUCUAAUGAUAUAGUUAAAGAAGAAGAAGAAGAAAAGUUAGAAAAUGGAGAAGAAGAAAAAGAUAUUGAUUUUGAAGGUAUUAUGAAAUAACAACAAUAAAUUUAGAAUUAUAAAAAUAAACAGAUUAAUUAAAUAAAGAAAUAAAAGAAUAUUUUAAACAUAAGAAUGAAACAGAAAAUAUAGAUAUAGUUAAUGAAGUUUAAUAAGAUCCUAGAUAUGGUGAAAUACUAUGUUAAAGUGGUUAUUAUAUGAAUAAAGAUGAAAAGAAAUGUAAAAAAUGUGAAGAUAGAUGUUCUGAAUGUAUGCAUAUUAUUGGAACAUGUUACAAAUGUUAAAAUGAAGUAUCAAUUAAUCAUAUUAAGAGUACUACUUAAAUAAUUAUGGUAAAUGUAUCUAAAAAUGUGAAGGAAAACAUGAUUCAAGUAAUCUAUUAUUAUCAGAUGAUAAUAAAAAUUAAAGUAUUCCUAUUUGUUUAGGUAAUAAUCAUACUUCUUCACUCUUUAUGUCAGUUUAAAAGUCUAAAAAUACUCAUUUUGUUUUACCUUAUUUGAUCAUUCAUCCAGCUACUACUGUUUCAUUAAUGUAUCAUAACAAUUAUCCUCUUGUUUAUUAUUUCAACAAAGACAUAUUCAAUUUUGAAGAUGGAAUGAAAUUAAAUGAAAUUAUCACUUAAGCUCAAGAAAAAUAAUUAAUAGUUAUUUUAAUAGGAGCUCAUACUCUAUAUGACUUCUCAUUGUUCAACAACUUUUUAUUUUAAGAAGCCUUACAAAAUAUAGAACUUUUGGUUAAAGCAAAAAGUUCAACUUUUAGGGCAUUUUUUGGUUAAGAUUAUAAUGCAUAUGGAGUCAUCAGAGAAUAUUAAUCAUAAUACAAAAAUAACUCUGUUGAUUUAGUAAUUUCAGAUGAUCCUGUAGAAAUUGAUCAGUAUUUCAUAUAUUCAUAUUAAUAGUGAAUACUUGGAAUCUAAUUUAUUGGUGACUCAUGAAUAACAUUAUACUGAUUAUAAAUUUGAAUCAUUAUAAGGAGCUUAAUCAUAAAAAACUACUGUAAUUUUGUUAUUCCAUACAAAAAACGAAUAAGAUCAAAAGGAUUAUUGUUCAAGAUUUCUUUAUGUUUCUUUCUUGUAAUGUGUAGUGAGAGAAAUUCAAAUAGAUCAUAUUUAAAGAAUGAGAUAAGGAUUUGAAUUGAUUUCAUAAUUUGUUGUAUAACCAGAUUUAUGA